AUGUGUCUAUAUUAUACCAAGUAUGAUGCAACCGAAGCCCUACCAACACAACAGGCUGUACGCAGCCUCUCGCACGGCCCUGCUGUCAACCACAACCAGCCGCAACUAUUUCAGGCAGACAUACUGCACCUCUUCUUGCAGCGUCCGAUAUCUCUCCUCGUGUUUUACGGAGGCAAAUUACCCCAAUUUCACCCCAGCUUACCCCGCACGACAGCCACCCGAGAGCAUCUCCCUUUCUCCGCGGAGCGGAACAGGGCAGAUGACUCUCGAACACUAAACUCUCGCCCUGCGAGCGCGGAGCAUCCCGUCCGUUCCAAUCGCUGUCGAAGCCAUCGUGCCUUGGAUGCUAGACACCGGAAGCUUGGGCCACAUGUUAUUUUGACGGUAUACAGCUGUUUCAGGUAUAAUGCAGUGGAAUGGUAUACGUCCUUGACGUCAUCUGCACCCCGAUUAUUAAACAAAGAACAAUUAUACACCAACCCCACAACCCUCUUGGAGAACGCAUACCCAUAUCACCAAAUCCCAUCUUCAAUGUCCCGAAUCUUCAUAACAGGCUCCACCGACGGCAUCGGCCUCGCAACCGCAAAGCUGCUCUCCGACCAGGGCCACACCGUCGUCCUCCACGCCCGCAACGCAUCCCGCGCCUCGUCCACAAAAUCCGCCGUCCCCAACGCCGCAGGGAUACUAGUCGCAGACCUCUCCUCCAUUUCCGAAACGAAAACUCUCGCCAGCGAAGCGAACAACUUCUUCCCCGAUGGCAAGCCCUUCGACACCGUCAUCCACAAUGCAGGGAUUGGAUACGGGGCGACCUCGUCGAGGCAGAUUACGGCUGAUGGCGUCUCGGCUGUUUUUGCGGUGAAUACGCUUGCGCCGUAUAUUCUUACGUGUCUUAUGCGGAAACCGCGGAGCAGGUUGUUGUUUAUGAGUUCGGAUAGCCACUACGGCGGCGACGAGACUCUAAAGAAUGUAACGAAGAGCCAUUCGUAUAGCGAUAGUAAGCUGCACGAUGUGAUGCUCGCGAAUGCGUUUGCGAGGCGGUGGACCGAUGUUCAGGUCGUCAGUAUGCAUCCUGGCUGGGUGCGGACGAAGAUGGGGGGUGGGAUGGCCCCGGGGGGAUUGGAGGCGCCGGCACGGGUCCUAGCGGAGUGGGCGGUGGGGCAGGGGGAGUUUGCAGGGUUGAGGAGUGGAGCGUUUUUUACGACAAGUGGAGAGGAGAGGGCGCAUAGUGGUGCUGGAAAUGUGGAGAGGCAGGAGGAGUUGUUGAGGGUCUGUAAAGAGGUUUCCGGGGUGGGUGUCCCGGGAGAGUAG